UUUUAGGUCGUAUGAAUCCAAUAAAGAAAAUGCUGAGAAAGGCAAUCAUGGGUCAACAAAUUCGUUCAACAGUUUACGGAUGUUACCCAAAAGAAGAGCUGAACUACCUACUUUAGAAUCAGAUUCGGAGGAGGAGGAACUAGCUAAAAAAGACAACCUUAAUUGUGCUAUACUUAAUGAUUCAUUUCUGGUAAGCCCUGGAAAAAGUGAUAGAGAAGAUGCUAGUUCUAAAGAAUCAUCUGCCAUCAAAGGCAUUUCUAAUACAUCUAAUGAUAUUUCAUUAUUGGCUCGUUUUAAUGACAUGGGCUUAAAGAGUCCUCCAAAAGAGAAGUUGCCGCAUAUUAAACAAUUGCAAGAAUCAACAGAUAAUAAUAAUCAAAAGGACGUAUAUGUGGACACAAAUAUUUUGGCAUCGCAUACCAAGAACAACACCACUGUAGAUGCUCAAUUUGCAACUCCGCAGAUACGAUCGUUUUCUGUUCAACGAAGACCUCGAGAUUUAUGUUCUACUCAGUCACAAAAAACGAAAUCAGCCAUUGUAAAUGAGUUUCGUACUCAAAAGGUUUUGUUUCAAACGCCAAUGGCUAUUACACGGGCUCCAAUAAUGCAAAACGAUAGUAUAUCACUUUCUCUAUGCGAUACAAUUAAUGAAUGUGGGACACCAUCUACAGCAGAAAAAACUCCCCAGUGUGCAAAUGAAAAGCUAUCUAAAGACACGGCUCGCUCGAAAAAAUCAUUAGAAGGUGCCUUCAUUGAAGCCAGUAAAGAACACAAAGAGAAAACAAGCGACGAUACAUCUAAGAAUUCAGCAAUUACAACGAAGGACAAAACAACAGUGGUUACUAUUAACAAAGCAAGUUAUAUUAUAAUCCAAAAGUUGGGAUGUGGUGGUUCUAGUUCUGUAUAUCUGGCCAAAAGGAAUGAUAAUGGUAAAGAAUGCGCCUUAAAGGUGGUCGAUCUACAAGGCGAUCCUGCAGUUGUGGAAGGAUAUUUGAACGAGACGAAAUUGUUGGCUAAACUUCAAGGCAAUGUAUGCGUUGUUUCGCUUUACGAGUACCAAUUAUUGCAAAAAGAAUCGAAACUUUUCCUGGUCAUGGAAAAAGGAGAUUCCGACUUACAUAAAAUUCUUCAAAGUUAUACAACAAAUUUGCCUUUAUAUGUUCUUACAAAUUUUUUAUAUCAAAUGCUACAAGCAGUUAAUUAUAUUCAUCAAAAUGGUGUAAUUCAUUCUGAUCUAAAACCGGCAAAUUUUUUAAUGGUCAAUGGGCGAUUGAAAUUAAUCGAUUUUGGUAUUGCAAGCAAUAUAGCCAUUGAUUCAACGAGCAUAAUAAAAUUUUCUCAAGCCGGUACAUUCAAUUAUAUAAGUCCAGAAGCUUUAACGGACACGUCCACUGGCAGCAGUCCCAUGCGGAGUAAUCAACCGAAAAUAAAGAUCUCUACGAAGUCUGAUGUCUGGUCACUUGGUUGCAUUUUGUAUUUGCUACUAUAUCAAAAGACCCCAUUUGGACAUAUAAAAAAUCUUUGCACCAAAAUAUCUGCUAUUUGUAGUCCAACACAAACAAUUGAAUAUGGCCCUUUACCGCCGUAUUAUCCUGCCAUGCUGGUUCAUAUGGCUAAAAAUUGUUUGCAACACAAUCCAAAACAUCGUCCAUCAUGUGCCGAGUUAUUAAAAUAUCCCUUUAAUAUGAUAAUACCGAUACAAAAUCUAUCAUUGCCAACAAAAUAAUCGAAUUGUUUUCAUAAGAUUAUACUAUAUAAUAACUUUUAGUACAUUUACGUUAUAGAAAUAAAAAUAAAUCACAUUUACAUAUAUAAUACUACUACAUAUAAAAUGUUAAUAGAUUUUGAAUAUGAGUAUUUUUAUAUAAAGUGAUACAUAGUAAUAAGAAUAUCUAAACUUGGUUGUCAGUUUCAUUUAAUUUUCGUUUUAUUAAACAGUUUUAUAAUAUAGUCGAUCUUGUUUAUAACGAACAAUGUCUAUAGAGAAAACUUUUUUGUGAUCUCAUUGAAAAAUAAAUAUAAAAUAAAAACUAUGCUAAUUACAAUAA